UGCGCCUGCGCUGCGGCGGACACCUGCGCCGCGCGGCUCCCGCCAAUUCUCACCUCUCUGGCUAAGGGUGGUUGUGGGCCCCAUGGAGACGUUUGACCCAGCCGAGCUGCCUGAGCUGCUUAAACUUUAUUACCGGAGGCUCUUCCCCUACGCGCAGUACUACCGCUGGCUCAACUACGGCGGAGUGGUGAAGAAUUACUUUCAACACCGUGAGUUCUCCUUCACAUUGAAGGAUGACAUUUACAUUCGCUACCAGUCCUUCAGCAACCAGAUUGAUCUGGAAAAGGAGAUGCAGAAAAUGAAUCCGUACAAGAUUGAUAUUGGUGCAGUAUAUUCCCACAGACCCAAUCAACACAAUACAGUGAAGCUGGGAGCUUUCCAGGCUCAGGAAAAAGAACUUGUGUUUGACAUUGACAUGACAGACUACGACGAUGUGAGGAGAUGUUGUAGUUCUGCAGAUAUAUGUUCUAAGUGCUGGACCCUCAUGACAAUGGCCAUACGCAUCAUCGACCGAGCAUUGAAGGAGGACUUUGGAUUUAAGCAUUGUCUCUGGGUAUAUUCUGGAAGGAGAGGUGUUCAUUGUUGGGUGUGUGAUGACUCAGUUAGAAGACUAUCUUCUGCAGUGCGUUGUGGGAUAGUUGAGUAUUUAAGUCUUAUAAAGGGUGGUCAAGAUGUUAAAAAGAAAGUUCACCUAAGUGAAAAAAUUCAUCCAUUUGUCAGAAAAUCUAUAAACAUAAUUAAAAAAUACUUUGAAGAGUAUGCCUUGAUUGAUCAAGAUAUUCUUGAAAAUAAAGGAAGCUGGGAUAAGAUUUUAGCCCUUGUUCCUGAAACAGUCCAUGAUGAACUUCAACACAGUUUCCAAAGGCACCACAAUUCACUUCAGCGUUGGGAGCAUUUGAAGAAAGUAGCCAGCAGAUGUCAGAAUAACAUCAAAAAUGACAAAUGUGGACCCUGGCUUGAGUGGGAGAUUAUGCUCCAGUACUGCUUUCCACGGCUGGAUAUUAAUGUUAGUAAAGGAAUCAGUCAUUUACUGAAGAGCCCUUUUAGUGUUCAUCCUAAAACAGGUCGAAUUUCUGUGCCUAUUGAUUUACAGAAAGUGGAUCAGUUUGAUCCUUUUACUGUUCCAACCAUAAGCUCCAUCUGUCAUGAAUUAGAUGCCAUUUCCACUAAUGAAGAGGAAGAAGAGAAUGAAGCUAAAUCUGAUAUCAAACAUAGAACCAGAGUUUGAAGGAGCUGGGGAAUUUAUAAAUCUUCCUGCUACAAUAGAAGUCAAAUCUUCUAAUGCCAACACCCAAGAGACACUCCGUGGCAGUAGAGUCCAGUAGCACCUUCAUGUGAUGAUGAAUCCUAGGUACACUCUAUUAUGGUAGUCACUAACCACACCUGGCUUUUGGGAACUUGAAAUGUGAGAAACUGGGUUUUUUAUUUCAUUUAAUUUUAAUUUUAAUAGCCACAUGCGGCAACUACUGUAAGGGACAAUGCAGAUCUGAGCUCUCUGGUUGACAUUUUUUUGUCAAAUGUUGCUACCCUUUCAAAAUCACAUUUCUCUUUAGUAAGAUUUGAUGGGCUGAAGCUGACUUUAAAAUAAAUAUAAAAGUGGCUAUAUUGGCAUAAACUUUGUUCUAUCCAACAAGAGGACCUAAUAGAAAUACGAGUUCAAAUAUCACUUCAUCAAUUCCAACUCUAACAUAUUAUUUAAACAUAGUAUUAAACACACUAUUAAUGUUUGUAGAGUGAUUAUAAGUAUUGUGUUUUGAAAACUUGAAAAAAAUCUCUAAGAGCCUGAAAAAUAAGAGUAAACUAGAAAAAGGAACUCAGAGAAAACAGACCAUACAGGGAAUAAACAAAGCCUUUUUUUUAACUAGUAUCAUCAGAAAAUAAAAGAAGAUAGAGCAUCCAUGGAACAAAAUCAGAAUGCUAGGAAAAAGAAACAGAAUAAGAACAACGUCUUAGAAAUCAAAAACAUAAUCAGAAUUUUUAAAAACUCAAUGGAGUUUUAAGGAAGAAAAACAUAAAAAUUAUAGAGGACUAGUUCAGGAGGUCUAAUAUCUGACUAUGGGCAUUUUGGGGAGGGGUGGGAGAUAGGGAGGAAAAAAUCAAUAUUAUAUAGGGAAACAUCCCCGAAAUAAGCCCUUUAUUCAAAGGGCUCAGCAUAAUAAGAAAACAGACUUACACACCAAGGCACAUCAUUUCGAAAUUUCAGAACACUGAGAAUUAAGAUCUAAAGAGUUUUCAGACCCCUAUCUUCUUCCCUUCCCCCCAAAGAAGCCACAGACCUAGAAAGAAUGGCCUCAAAUUUCUAAAUAAUGGAAGUGUUCAUUUAUUAGAAGUGCUAUAAAUGAAAAAAGUGGUUGCUAUUCAAGAGGAAUGAGUGAUCAGAAUUAGGGCAGGGGGCUGCUAUUUUUCCAUUAUAAACCUGUUAAUACUGUUUUACUCUUUUUAACAAAGUAUGUUACUUUAACACAACUUUUAAAAUGUAAGAAUGUCUCUGUGGACAUCUUUUUCUUUAGUUCAGAGGUUUUAAGGAAGCAAGUUUGGCUCCUCAAAAGGAGGAAUUUUUUAAUAAAUAGAAUUGUUCAAAAAUAACUGUCAUUUCAAGUAUUCGUAAAUAGGCUAUUAGCCAUCCAACAUUUCCUAGUGUUGGGAGGUUGGAAUAAGUGAUACAUAAGUUCCUUAUUAUUCUCUUUAGUUUGUAUGAUUUUUUUUUUUUUUAAGCACUAAAAUCACUGGAGGUCAUUUUAUUUUGACAAAAAGUAUGAGGCCCCCUGCAGGCAUAAAGGAGUUUCAGGAAUAUACAAUCACUGGUUAACAUAUUAACACAUACACCGGAAUGUUUUGGUAAAAUGUACAAAAAAGAAAAAGUUUUAGGGGCACAAAAAGAGAAAGACUUUAGCACAGUUUUCUGUAUCUCUGGAAGAUGAAGCAGCCAGAACUAAGUGAGAAUAUAGAGAAUUGGGACAAUAACAUUACUAAGUUUAAUUAAAUAGACCAAAUUGGAAUUUGUGCCUUACAUAGUUUGGUAUGAUUUUAAGCCUUUGCCCUUUUUCAGAUUAGUACCAUUUGCCCCCUCCCUCCUGGAGUGGUGUCCUUCUGACCAUCUAAUUAUGUCUUUUUUUCUAAGACCCAGUUCAUAGCCACCUGUCAAAACUGAUUGGUCAAUUCUUUGGACUCACAGUUAUCCAUAUGCCUAUUUCACCUUUAUAUACUGUUUUCUAUUACUAUAUGUAGGAUUUGUGUUCUCAAUUUAUUAAAAACUUAUUGAGACCACAUAGUAUGGCUUAUACUUUUUUAGAAUUUAGCAUAGUACUUAAUAUUUAACAGGUAUUAGUAAAUAUUUGCUUAGUAAUUAUUGAAUACAUAUCAUAUAUUCCACAACAGUGAAGCACAUAUAUAUGUAGAGAGAGAGAGAGAGAGAGAGAGACUACAUCCAUGGAGCUUCCAAUCUUGAAUUGAAGGUUCAAAAUACUAUGUUGUUGAUCUCAAGCAAAAUUUUCCUCUGUAUAAGUAUUUAUCAUAAAAUCACAUAUAAAGAUUUAGUACAAAAUUCUAAUAUACUUUCAAAAUUGCCACAGUUCUGAUAUUCAUUCUUAAUACCCUCAUUGAGAUUCCUUUUCUAGUCCCACGUAAUAAGUUAGAUAACAUUUACUAAAUUUUUAAGUAUAGUUUCUUUCUUUACUUUUUUUCAGUAAACUGUUAUGAGGACUCUUAAUUCCAUGCAGAUACAGCAUACUACCAAAAUUCAAAUUUCAUCUUGUUCUUAAUCAGAUUUUGCCCCUAUUGGGUAUUAAUUAUAGAUUGCAUCAUUAAAUGGAUGGUUAAGAUUCUAUAUUCAAAACUUUGUUAUGUACAUUUUUAAGGCUAUUUUAUAAAUCAAAGAAUACCUAUAUUUAAUGUACUGUAACUUUAAACUUCCUGUU